AUGGGCAUCUGCAGCUCGCAGUGCUGCGGAGGCAAAUCCCGCGAUGGCCUGUACGAACCCGUCCUCGCGGAUAGCGAGCGUGAGGCUGUAGCAGACCUUUUGCAGUACCUCGAAAACCGGAACGAAACCGACUUCUUCUCUGGCGAGCCUCUCCGGGCCCUCACCACCCUCGUCUACUCCGACAACAUCGACCUGCAACGCAGUGCGAGUCUGACAUUUGCCGAGAUCACAGAGCGUGGUAGGACGACCCCCGCGAUUUCCCGACACUUUGGCUUUGAAGAUGUCCGCGAAGUCGAUCGCGAUACCCUCGAACCCAUCCUCUUCCUUCUGCAAAGCCCCGAUCUUGAAGUGCAGCGGGCAGCCAGCGCCGCACUCGGCAAUCUGGCGGUGAACACUGCCAACAAGGUGUUGAUUGUCGACCUCGGCGGCCUCAACCCGCUCAAGCGCCAGAUGCUGUCCCCUAACGUUGAAGUGCAGUGCAACGCCGUUGGCUGCAUCACGAACCUGGCCACCCACGAAGACAACAAGGCCAAGAUUGCCCGCUCCGGGGCGCUCGGUCCCCUCACCCGCCUCGCCAAGUCGCGCGAUAUGCGUGUCCAGCGGAAUGCCACCGGCGCCCUGCUCAACAUGACCCAUUCCGACGAAAACCGCCAGCAGCUCGUUAACGCCGGGGCACUCCCCGUUCUGGUCCAGCUCUUGUCGUCGUCCGACGUUGACGUUCAGUACUACUGCACCACCGCCCUUAGCAACAUUGCUGUCGACGCCAACAACCGCCGGAAAUUGUCCCAGACUGAGCCUAAGCUGGUGCAGUCGCUCGUCAACCUGAUGGACUCGUCGUCACCCAAGGUCCAAUGCCAAGCCGCCCUGGCUCUGCGCAACCUUGCCUCCGACGAAAAGUACCAGCUCGACAUUGUCCGCGCGGCGGGCCUGCCGCCCCUGCUCCGCCUCCUCCAAUCCUCCUACCUGCCCCUCAUCCUCUCCGCCGUGGCAUGCAUUCGCAACAUCUCCAUCCACCCCAUGAACGAGUCGCCCAUUAUCGAGGCGGGCUUCUUGAAGCCUCUGGUGGAGCUGCUGGGCUCGACGGACAACGAGGAGAUCCAGUGCCACGCCAUUUCGACGCUGCGCAACCUGGCCGCCAGCUCCGACCGGAACAAGGCCCUCGUCCUUGAGGCGGGUGCCGUGCAGAAGUGCAAGCAGCUGGUGCUGGACGUGCCCGUCAAUGUGCAGUCAGAGAUGACAGCCGCGAUUGCUGUCUUGGCCCUUAGUGACGAGCUCAAGAUGCACCUGCUUGGCCUCGGCGUCUUUGAUGUGCUCAUCCCGCUGACCCAGUCGACCAGCAUCGAGGUGCAGGGCAACAGCGCGGCGGCGAUGGGCAACCUCUCGUCGAAAGUGGGCGACUACUCCAUGUUCAUCCAGUAUUGGCCGGAGCCCAGCGGCGGCAUCCACGGCUACCUGAGCCGGUUCCUUGCCAGCGGCGACGCGACGUUCCAGCACAUUGCGAUAUGGACGCUGCUACAGUUGCUCGAGUCCGAGGACAAGCGGCUGAUGAACCUGAUCGCCAAGUCGGACGGGAUCGUCGAAGUGGUCAAGCAGAUUGCGAACCGACCGAUUGGUUCCGAGAAUGAAUUUGAGGAAGACGACGAGGGCGAGGUCGUCAGCCUGUCCCAGCGCUGUCUUGAACUCCUGGGACAGAACAACCCCAAGUCGCAUAUUGAAGGUUAA